CGCAGUGGGAAUAGCGGCGGCGUGAACUGAGAGAGAGAGAGAGAGAUGGGAGGGAAAGGAAAGAGAAGAAGGGAGAAGAACUACUUGGCCGCGCAUGGUGGACCGACUAGGCUUCCUCCGCCGCCUGAUCAUUCGAAGCUCGACGCCCUUCCUUCCAAGCUCCGCCGGCUUAUCUCCUUCGCUUCUCUGUCUCCGCACGAUUCUGCUAAAGAUGUCGAAGAGAAGAAACAAAAGGAUAAGAAAGCUAGAGUAGAUUCUGCGACGGGCGUUAAAUCUGGGAGUGAAAGAAGGUCAGAGGGCACGGUAGUUGAAGAAAGAAAAACAGAGGGUCAUACCAAUUCUUCAGAUCAUGAGAAUGGUGGUGACCAGACAUUGCUGAAGAGUGGAGAUGAAAAGAAGAAGAAAAAGAGGAAGAGGGAUCAGAUUAAGGACCUCCGUUUUGAAAAGGAACUUGCAGAGCUAGAAGGCCGAUCAAGGAGGCGAGAGCGCAAAAAAAAGUAUUGGGAAGCCAAAAAGAAGAAAAACAAGAAAGGAAAGACAGAAGAGACUGUAGUAGAUUUCCCGAAGCAUGAAAAGAUAAGAUUUGGUGAGGUGGUGGAAGCUCCACCAAAGUUAGUCGUUGUUCCAAAGGCACCAAAGUCUGCUCAAAGUGCAUCUAAGGAGAGGCAACGCUUACUGGCUGUUGAAGCUUACAGAGCUCGGAAAGGAUGGACCUCAAGACCAGGUCUUCAGUUUCCUUCCAUUGCCAUCCAACCAGAUGGGGCAUGACAGCAUUUUUGUAGCAACUCUUAGCUUAGUUUGUGUGUCUGGAAUGGAGUUUGAUCUUUCUGCAGCAGCUGAUCACAAUAUAGUCUUCCAGGUUGCAACAGUGGAUUCAUAGUGAUAUCUCUCUUAACCCAUGUUGUUCUUGGGAAUUUACAAAUGACUUGCAACACCAUCAAAAAUCCCAGAGUGGUGUUGCUUUGUAGAAUUGGAGUUUUCUAAAUUAUUUAUUUCUCGAGUAUCUAUAA